AGAGAGAGAGAGAGAGAGAGAGAGAGUAUUUACGGUGCUUGGCUGCUAGAGAAUGAACCUCAUCUCUUCCACUCUUUGUGCAGCAGAGGGAGAACAUUAAACCUCAUCAUUGGACCGGAACCGGGUUCCUUUUUUGGACGCUUCAGAACUGUCACUUCUUAACUUGAAGGAGCCAAGAGUGCUGCUCCGUGACCUCCUGACCCCGUGACGCCGACUCUUCCAACAUGUCUUCUGAAGCCACGCCCAUCCAGGAGUCUCGACCUGUGACCCCUCCGCUGACCUCCCCAAAAUCCCCUCGUUCACCAGAGUCUCUGCAUCUUCCAACCAACAAGCUCAGAGAACGCUCGCCUUCCCCAAUGAGAGACUUCCUCAUCCCCAGCCCUCUGCCCACACGCAGGAACAGGACCAUCUCGGCCUCGGCCCGGGCAGCAGAGGGCCCCGUGUUUUCUGGAGUGUGUAAAUGUUUCUCCCGCUCCAAAGGCCACGGCUUUCUUACACCUUCAGACGGCGGCAACGACAUCUUCGUCCACAUCUCAGAUGUUGAGGGCGAGUACGUCCCGGUGGAAGGAGACGAGGUGACCUACAAGGUCUGCGCCAUUCCUCCCAAACACGAGAAGAUCCAGGCGGUGGAGGUGAACAUCACCCACCUGAAACCAGGCAGCAAGCAUGAGACCUGGGGGGGGCACGUCAUCAGCAGCUGAGCGUGCCGACCAUCACCGUGGAGACGGGGGCUGGGGAGGGAAUUUAAAGGUGUGUGAAUGGAGGAUACUGUGGGUGAAUCAUGUUAAGUCCCAGCCGUCUCCUCAUCUUCUCAUUCAAGCGUGAGCCGCCGACUCCAUCCGGACAGAACCCGCUUUUCUUUCCUUGGAUCUGAAAUCUCGAGCGGAACCGAACCCGCAGCUCUCAUUAUGCCCGUAGAACCUCGCAGAGAUGCGUUCGGAAGUGUUUGGGAUCAUAAAACACUCGAUGAAUGUCGGAGUGUCUCCGCUGAUCUGGUGUCGGCUAAUCUGACGGAAGCAUAAAUCCAUAAUCAUGUCGUGUUUGGGUGAAAUAAAAGACUUUCAACAA